UGUAUAAAAAACGUUGCGUAAUUGCAAUCUCGAUGGGGUUACUGUGGCAUGCAAAAAAAAGAGAGUGAUCUGGAAAAAGUUAGAGGCAGUUCAUGUUGCUGUGGUGAAAGGACAACCUCAGCUCCUCGGGGGGAGUUGAAGAGAGACAGAAGACCUUUUCUCGUUCCUCUCGUUUCGUCCCUGCUUUCCCUCUUCUCCCCUAAAAGCAGUCCGUCUCCGUCGCGGCGUGCCUUUGGAUAAUGAAUAUGGUGUCUCCAACGACGCGGCUAUUGAUUUUCUCCUGGUUAAUCUUUCCUCUUUAUGAAGCCGAUAAAAUGAGACAUAGAGGACUUCGGCAAAAGGAUGCGGAAUACAUCGAAAAAUGCGCUGACGGGGACUCGGGCAAACAGAACUGCACCAAGCAAUCAGACGAAGCCCAGUCUACUACCCACUUUAAGAUGUAUUCUGGCUGCAUCCAAGGACCUGCGGGCAUCCCGGGCCGAGAAGGGAAUCCGGGCGCGAACGGCAUUCCCGGAACCCCCGGUGUGCCAGGCCGCGACGGGGCCAAAGGCGAGAAGGGCGAGUGCGUGAGCGAAAUCUUCGAGGAGCCCUGGAGGCCGAACUACAAGCAGUGCGCGUGGAACUCCCUCAACUAUGGCAUCGACCUGGGCAAAAUAGCGGAGUGCACCUUCACCAAGCACCGUACAGACAGUGCCCUGCGCGUGCUCUUCAGCGGCUCCCUGCGGCUCAAGUGUAAGUCGGCGUGCUGCCAGCGCUGGUACUUCACCUUCAACGGGGCCGAGUGUGCCGGUCCGCUCCCCAUCGAGUCCAUCAUCUACCUGGACCAGGGCAGCCCGGAGUUCAACUCCACCAUCAACAUACACCGCACCACCGCAGUGGAGGGACUGUGCGAGGGGGUCCGCUCCGGACUGGUGGACGUUGCCAUAUGGGUGGGCACCUGUGGUGACUAUCCCCGCGGCGACGCCUCCACAGGAUGGAACUCUGUCUCCAGAGUGAUCAUCGAGGAGAUGCCCAAGUGAGCCACUGACCGACCCCAAGGCAUUUCCAGGGCAACAGACCAAACAUCAUGAGCGCCGGGCGACUUGAUGGAACACUAGUCAUUGCUUAAUCCAGGAGGGACCGUUGGUCAGUUAUUAAACAUGUUGAUGACAGAGUAACAAGGCUGUUAUGACAACUGUGUCAUAUUUAAUUACGCCCAUAAUUUUGUCAGAUGUACUUUUAACGUGUGAUGUGGCUUUAUCCACUGCCAGACAGUAGAACAGUCUAUUUGUUAUUAUGACGCAUUCUGGAAAGUUUGUAGUACACAACUGGGCUAUGUUACCAUUUCUUGACUUUUAUAUGCCUCUUUUAAUAAAAUAAUUUGUAUAAAAGGAG